AUGCAUCUGAAACGAAGGUUUAUGCGAAAUACCAUCGAGGAAAAAGUUAGAACAAGUGUAUUCAAAGAUUCUUUAUUGAUGCAUUUCGAGCAAUUUUUAUUUAACUCUCACGAGGAAUAUUCACUUGGAAAGCAAGUACUUCAUUCCUCCAGUUUACAAAGACUUCAAAAAAUGAUUUCCAAACACUCAAACCCUUCUAAAGUCACGAUCAUUCUCCUUAUUUCUUUACUCUCUACUUCAUAUACGGCCCGCUCAAAUCCUCUUUAUGAGCGAAAUAUUCCUGUUGGUUACCAACCCAUGCUCUGGUUCCAGCAGAACAACGAAAAUAUGGCUAACACCGAAUCCGCAAAUAAUAAUCAAUUCGGCCUUCAAUCCUCGAAGGGCGCUGAAUCAGCCUCUAAUAUUGAUAACGAAGCUUCUUCCAAUUUCCUUAUCACAAAACGAGACAGUGGAAAUCGAUACGACAUUGAUCGAUUUACUAGACGAAAUCUUCCAUCCAAUGGACAUAUGCCUACUUUAUUCUCUCAGCAGAACAACGAAAAUAUUGCUAACACCGAAUCCGCAAAUAAUAAUCAAUUCGGCCUUCAAUCCUCGAAGGGCGCUGAAUCAGCCUCUAGUCUUGAUAACGAAGCUUCUUCCAAUUUCCUUAUCACAAAACGAGACAGUAGAAAUCGAUACAACAUUGAUCGAUUUGCUAGACGAAAUCUUCCAUCUAAUGGACAUAUGCCUACUUUAAUUUCUCAGCAGAACAACGAAAAUAUUGCUAACACCGAAUCCGCAAAUAAUAAUAAAUUCGGCCUUCAAUCCUCGAAGGGCACUGAAUCAGCCUGCAGUCUUGAUAACGAAGCCUCUUCCAAUUUUCUUAUCGCAAAACGAGUCGGGCAAAAUCUUCCAUCCAAUGGACAUAUGCCUACUUUAUUCUCUCAGAAGAACAACGAAAAUAUUGCUAACACCGAAUCCGCAAAUAAUAAUCAAUUUGGACUUCAAUCCUCGAAGGGCGCUGAAUCAGCCUCCAGUCUUGAUAACGAAGCUUCUUCCAAUUUCUUUAUUACAAAACGAGACAGUGGAAAUCGAUACGACUUUGAUCGAUUUGUUAGGCGAAAUCUUCCAUCUAAUGGACAUAUGCCUACUUUACUUUCUCAGCAGAACAACGAAAAUAUUGCUAACACCGAAUCCGCAAAUAAUAAGCAAUUCGGCCUUCAAUCCUCAAAGGGCACUGAAUCAGCAUCCAGUCUUGAUAACGAAGCUUCUUCCAAUUUUCUUAUCGCAAAACGAGACAAGGAAAAUCGAUACGACAUUGAGCAUCUUGAAAGGCGAAAUCCUCCACCCAAUGGAUAUAGACGUACACUCUAUUUUCAGCAAGCUAACGAGAAUGUGGGCAGUACCGAGGCGGCCAACGUUAAUUCACUUAAUAUACAAUCCAAUAAUGCUGCUGAAUCUGCUGGAACAUUUGUAAAUGAAGGCGCCUCAACGUUUGUAAUGGGUUGA